AUGUCUAAGAAAUAUGACCUAUAAAGAAUCAAAUUAAACAAAAUAAAGAGUAAUUUAUAAUCCUACAUUUAAUUGAUAAAUUUUACUAUCCUCACUGAAAGAGCUGAUAAUGUUUAGCUUAAAAAAUAAGCUAUUAAAAGUGAAGCAAUUACAUUUAAAAAGCAGAAAGAUGAUAUUAAAAAUGAAAAAAAUGUUAUUGUAUAAGAAAAUAGAAAAAUCAAAUAAGAGAUAAACAUCUGGUAGGAUAAACAUCAUAAUUUAGUUAAAUGUGCUGCAGAAACUGAACCUAAGGUAGAGGCUAAUAAAGAUUUAGCUAAUGAAAGUGAUGAAAGAUUGAAUGGAUUGAAGAUCGAUUAAAAAAAAGAAGAAGAACUAUAUUUAAAAACUUAAGGAAGAUUUAUGAUUUUAGUUAAUUUACAUAAUCUUUUGUUAUAAGACAAAGUGUUUCUUUUUUUUAUCAGCCCACUAUUAAAUCAAUACCGUUAAGGCCAGUGCACAUUAAAGAAAAUUAUACUCUAUCCUAUUUCUCAAACCUAUGAGGCCAAUUCUUUAGGGUAAGAUCUUCAAAAUUUUUGA